CUUUACCUGACAGCUUUGUUCCUGCUCCCUGCACUUCACUGUGAGGAUGACGCUGCACCCACCUACAAGCACCGGGAUCCGUCCACUGGUAAAAUCCUCACAUGCAAGAAGUGUGAACCAGGCAAAUACAUGGCAGCUCACUGCACAGCCACCACGGACACCAAGUGUUUACCGUGUGGGGCAGCCCACUACACCGAGCUGUGGAACUACCUGCCCAAAUGUUUGUACUGCAACAACAUCUGCUCACUGAACCAAGAGGUGGAAAUCGAGUGCUCUGCAACUAAAAACAGGGUCUGCCGGUGCAAACAAGGCUACUACAUGAAAGAUGACUUCUGUAUCCAACACUCGGAAUGUGGCCCUGGACAUGGGGUUAGGACCAAAGGUACCUCCCAGCAGGAUACUAUCUGUAAAAAAUGCGCAGAUGGCUACUUUUCCCCGUCCUCAUCCGUGCUGGAUAUGUGCGUAAAGCAUCAGGAGUGUGCAGAUGGGCAGCUCCCACUCAUGCCUGGCUCUGUGUACCACGACACAUUAUGUGGCUCCUGCGACGAUCUUGCAAAUGAUGAUGAGACGCUGCGCAAGUUCCUCUCAGCAUUCCUUGAUGUGCCCAGGCGCCAUGUCAGAAAAAUGAAGAGAUUUGUGGCAAAGUUUGUCCGUAAGUCAGGGAGAAGAAGUGGGCGGAGUUGUUACCAUCAAAAAGUCAGUCCUCUGAAGCAAAUCAGAGAGUGGUUGGCCAACACUCCAGCAGAGCAGCUCAGACAGAUCCCACAGAAGCUGAGGAACUCCCCAUUCACCACUCUGGCAAAAAAAAUAGACGCAAGACUUCAUACAAUAAACCUCCAAAGCCCCAAUUGUAGCUUGAUUUUUCCAUAA